GGAGUUGGAAAAAUUAUAUUAAUUUCGUUUGCGCGCCGUUUCGGGCAAGACGCGGCGGAAACGGUCCAUGCCACGUGGAACGGCGCGCGCGGCAUGAGCGAGAUCAACGUGCUCGACCACGAUGCCCUGAUACUCCUCUCGAAGGAAGACAACUCGAGCAAGUUUGCCAUCGAUGCCCACCACCGCGGCAUUCACCGGAUUGGAGACCUCUCCCAAGUACACGGCACGCAGUUGCAUUCCUUCAGGCGUGAUCUUUCCCUCCACGUUCAUGGUAGAUGCCGCGUCUGUACGCGCUCGAUGUGUCGUUCAACGAUCUGAAAGCACUCGACAACUUGCACACCGCCAAAGACUUGAAAGAACUCAAAGCGUACAACAAUAAGAUCACGUCGACGGCUGGACUAAAAUCGAACCAAGCCCUGGAAGUACUCAUGUUGAGCGACAACGCCAUCGAAGACAUCUCGUCGGACUUCACGUCCCUGUUCAAACUCAAGACAUUGCAUCUUCACGGGAAUAAGUUGACGCGUCUCGAUCACCUCAAGGCGUGCCGCCACUUGACAUACUUGGACUUGAGUCGCAACCGAAUUGCCGGCGCUUGGGCAAACGCCCUGCAAUCCCUUGCUGCCCUCGAGUACGUCAACUUGAGCGACAACCAGAUCACGUCCAUCGGAUCCCUCGAAAGUCUCAAGAAGCUCGAAGAAAUCAACUUAGCCGGGAACCUUCUCUCGUCCCUGAGCGGCGCGUACCCACCGAAUUUGACCGCGCUGCGCGUCGACCGCAACAAGAUCACAGACCUCUCAACGCUGCCCGUCCUUCCGAACUUGAACGACUUUUACGCCCAAGCGAACUCGAUCACCGACAUCAGCGUCGUUGUGUCGCGCAUGCCUCAGUUGGAGACCAUAGACCUGCGCAACAAUCGGAUCCGUGGGCUGACGGACCUCGUGCCGUUGACGCAGCUGCCGAACGUUGAGGACCUCUGGGUGCGAGGUAAUCCCUGCACCCUCUCCGACUCGUACCUCCGAGAUCUCGCGGCGGCCUUGCCAGCGAUUCAAUUCAUCGACGAUUUGUCGCGCCCGCAGAUCCUAGACGCUCCGAAUCCGCAAAAGCUUGUCGAAGCAGCUGCACGUCCACCCAGCACGGGCCGCCCGGCGACGCCACUCGUGCGCCCGUCAAGUUCGUCAUCGGCCACGUCGCGCCCGACUACCGCCGAUGGACGACCGCUGUUUUUCAAACCGUCUUCCCGAGCAGGAUCGCAGGCGAAGAUGCUCAGUCCAGCUGAAGUCGAGAAAGCGCAAAACGACGUUCGAGAUCGGUUGGACAAGCUGCGCCAUCUCAUGGGAAAGAUGUGUGGUGACAAGCCAGCGUCAACGAAAUGGAGCCUGGCAGCCAAGCAGCGCGGGCCCCAAAUCGCCCAAAUAACGCGAGCCGUCGCGAAAGAUGCCGUCCCUCGCGGCCCUGUACCCCUUGCACAACGCACCAAGACCGUCGAGGUGGUGCCGAAGCUGCAACAAGUCAUGCGGGUGGACGACGAAGAGUCGGUCGCGUCCGCCAUAGCCUUUAUCAACCAUGACUCCGAGCCCCGCGUCGAGUGUGUGGGGCAGCAGCCUCAUGGCGACGUCGAGCACCAUGACAGAGCUUCAACCACUCCACGUCGACGCCAUUCUUCCAAAGGAGACGGUCGUCCACAGACUUGCGAAAUCGGGACCGAUCCGAUUGAAGGCAUUCCGAUUCGACCGCCGACAUCGCAUGGCUCGACACGUGAAGGAGAGAUCCAAACGACAGAAUCAUCCAAGACCUUUGUGACGAUGCCGCAAGACGACGUGAAUGACGUGAUGUCCGACUUGGUUGUCGACCCAUCGAUCUUGCCGACGCAACGGCCGUCAUACGACGACGUGAUGAAGAUCCACUUGGCGUCUGCGCUCCAGGCAGAAGACAUCGAUGUGGACGUUCCGGCCGACUCGACCCUAGACAAGGCGAUCGACGAAUCCCCGCGAGUGACGCCGUGGCGCCGAGCCGAGCAGCGUGCGCGACCCACCCCGAUCGAGCGGGGCGGGUUUCGAAUGUUCCGCAUCCCGGAAAGUGCUCGUCGUUUCAUGCAAGGAGCCACCAGCGCCACAUGAACGUGGGAGCACCUGGGUGCCUGUUAACCUUGAUCAUGGAGGUGUGUAUACAUGUGGUG